CUUCUCUUGAAUAGUCUUGUCCGCAUCCCGGGUGUCCACGUAUUUCUCAGUUAUUUUGACCAAGUUAAACUAUCCAGUUUUGCAUUUCAGAUAGCACUGCUACAUUUUACAACUGUCGGCAUCGUUUUAAGGACAGCAGACGUCCGUUUCCUCCAUUUAAAAAGCCGAGUAUCACAAACUCGCUGUGACAAUGUCGACUGCCGUGAACUUCCAUUCUCAGAUUGCCUCCAUCAUGGAGGUGCUUGCUAACGCAGCCGUCGCAGAAAUUUGUAAAGUUGUGGACGACGGAUACGCAGCGGUUCACGUGGAAAUGUCCCGGAGCCAGAAGGAGAACGAGUUCCUGCGCAGGAAAAUCAAACUGCUGGAGCUGCAGAUCGCCAGGUACCGGGCGGAGAGAGUCAAGGGGUCGGAGGGCUUCAUCGGCAGCCGCUUCCCCGGGGUCCGCCUGCUCAACCGGCAGAACAGAGACGCACUGGCGGCAGGCUCCUCUCUGCAAGGCAGGACCAGGUUUCUGAACCGAGACCCAGGGACUCAGCAGUCUGUGCAGAAAAUCCAACCUAUUAACCUGGACCAGGAUCCUGAUCAGGAGGUCGUUACCACAACCAAAACUGAGUCAGCAGAGCCUGCGGAGGAGGGGGAGCUGCUGAUCGUCAAGGUGGAGGGAACGAUGGAGAUCGGAUCCACUGACCCCGAGGUGCCGGCAGACGCCAGCCUCAGCAGCAGGGGAGAAGCCCAGACCACUGCAUCACUCCCCGCUGCCUCGACGGAAGCCAGCGACGGCCGGGCAGCCAGACACCGCAGCGAAACGGAGGGCCAGAGAUGUCUGAAAAACACAAGCAGUGCUCAGCGCAAGGAGGAAAAGAUGCAUGAAGUGCAAGGUGUUAUCCCAGAGAAACACAGUCCCUCCCAAACGCUGCUGGGAUGGCAGCAGAGCAGUGAGACUGGAGACGGGGAGCAGCCAUCUUGUUCCACACACACAGCAGAAACUGUAGCAGGAAACUCAUCAUUCAGCCAAUCCGCCUCUAGUUUCCUCACUCAGUGUGACGUGGUCCAGCCAAGCCCUGCAACUAAGCAUGAUGUUAUUGUGAUCAACUCACUUCCUCGUGCAGCGGAGGACAGCUGCAGCAGUGUGUCAUCUGGACAAGGUGGAGAUGACGGAGCUGAAGAAGUGACACCUCUCAUAGGUCAGGACGACACCAGUGUGAGAUCACAGUAUCAUCCGCUGCUGUGUAUUCAGAUCAAUGAGCAGCCCAGUGAAGCGAUGUUCGAAGGUAAUGCAGCCUACAGCCUUUCUACCUAUAACAAUCACCCGGCUGCCAUGGGAGCAGUGGACUCUCAGCAACAGCAAACCCAGCAUUCCUGGUCUGGAAUCCGGUCGAUGGAAAACUCCCACUUCUCCAGUCAAAACCACCUUUAUCAAGCACCCAGCAAUCAGAGCAAGGAGUCUGGAUCAGCACAGUCCCAGCAGCCCUGCCUUCCCUACGCCUGCAAAUUCUGUUCACGACGCUACGCCCACCAGUGCCAGCUGCGCAUCCAAGAGCGUGUCCACACUGGGGAGAAACCGUACCAGUGUGUCCAGUGCGGGAAGAGCUUCGGCCAGGUCUGCAGCCUCAAGCGCCACCAGAUGGUCCACACUGGGGAGAGGCCCUUCCCCUGCCCCCACUGUGGGAAGCAGUUCUCCACCUCUACCAACCUGAAGGUCCACCAGAGCGUCCACACCGGGGAAAAAAGGUUCCACUGCUCCAAGUGUGGCAAGAACUUUUCCUUCCUCAGCAACCUCAUCAGGCAUCAGGCUCUGCACCUGGCCAAGUAGAGCAGGUUACACAGGGAAGAUCUGCUUCAUAAUCACCCUGCGCUGUGUGUGUGCCUCAGGGGACAAAUUAACACUGUAUGACAUUAAGAUGUUCAGGUGUUCAUGAUAUUGUGUCCACCCCCUGUAGAUAGAACAAAUAUGUCUGGUCUUCAUUUCAGCAGCAUUUGAUCCUCAUUUCCUUCAACCUUUUUUCUUUGGAAAAUGUUUGGAAAGUCUUGUAUAGAAUUUGGUUAUUAAAAAGAUCUCUGACAGUUAA